UUCAAUUAAUGGGCCCGGUAUUGGGUCCAUCUCGGAGAUCCGAAUUCUGAUUUGAGCUUGAGGUUGAGGAGGUGGUGGUUUUUACGUCGUGAACGUCAUGUUUGGUGGCCGAGGAAGAAGCUUACUACGCUUUUCGCAGCGACUCGGUUUUCCUCAAACGACGUCGUUUUGCACCAACGCUAAAGGCACCACUUCCAGCAAUGCCAACAAAAACGACGUCGUUCCCACCACCGACGAAAGGUACCGCAUGCUCGAGAAUCUCGACAUGAUGACCGCCGCUAAGAUCCUCUUCUCCGAAAAUCCUAACAAGAAAAAAUUUGGGUAUUGUUCCCAUUUCCCUUUUCUUUCACGUUUUCCUUCCGUAUAUUUGGUGGCGCAGUAUGCUCGAUAUGAAAUGAGAAAAAUGGAGGCGGAUGUAGAGAAGAAAAGAAAACAGAAAGAAGAAGAGGAAGCUAAGGAAAAAGAAAAAGAAAUGGAAUUAAAUCCCCCUGAGGAAAAAGAAGCAAAAUCCAAUCUGGAGCUCGUGGAGGUGAAAGAGAGGCUUGAGAAACUUGAAGAGACUGUUAAGGAGAUUGUAGUUGAAUCAAAGAAACAAUCAGACAGCAACCUAGCGAAAAAUCAGGUAACUGAUGCUGAGAAGAAGUCCCCAAAAUCAUCCGAACCGAAUGAUGCAAGUAGCAGUUCACAAUCGAAUAAAGCUGUAGGUGAAGACCGUCUUGAUAAGCAUAAUUCUCCAAAAUCAAAGCCAGAUUUAGGUGAAGAGAGCAAGAGUUUAAAGGCAACUCCAAAUCCUUCUCACCCAGACCCAAAAGGCCAGAACCAAGGUUGAGGGUUUUCCUGAGUUAGUGUAGUAGAAUGCUUAAAGAAAAUUUUGAGUCAUUGUACAUAAUUAAUCAGAAUUCAGAAGUCAUAGAGUUGUGUAUUGAUUUUAUUUUUCUCCUCAGAAAUGAAUAGUAAUUUAAUCAUGUUCCAAGUUUUCUUGAGGCUAUAUUGGAAAGGAAGAUUUUUAUUUGGGAAAAA